ACUAACCUUUGAAAUUGACUCAAAGCAUUUCUUAAGUUCCUUCAUUUCUUCUCUUGCAAUUCAAACAAGACAACUCAUUUCUCACAAUCAUCUUCCUGCAUUUCUCUCUCACUUUCCUGCAUAGUCUCUUUAACCACUUUAAUGGCAAUGAAACACAGAAAACUCUUCCCAGAAACAUCAAAUAGUUCUAUAGAUUGCACAUAUUAUUGUGAUCCUGCUUGCGGUUAUAACUGUGAACCUUUUCCAGAUAUUUACUAUCCCCCGCCGCCACCUCCUUCUCAUCAUCAUAGACUCACAAUUUCACCUUAUUUGAUCAUAUUUAUUUGUUUAGUGGCCACCUUCUUCAUUUUUAUGUUUUUCUAUGCUGUCAUAGUUAAGAGUCGUGAGCGUGCAAAUAAUGGGACUCAGCAGCCAGGUGGAGAUGAAGAGUUUCUUGAUGAAAACAGAGUUGAUCACCCCAUAUGGCUCAUCACCACCGCGGGGUUGCAACAGUCUAUUAUAAAUUCGAUUACCGUCUGUAAGUACAAGAAAGGUGAGGGGUUGAUUGAAGGAACUGAGUGCUCCGUUUGCUUGAAUGAGUUUGAAGAAGAUGAGACUGUUAGGCUAUUGCCUAAGUGCAAUCAUGCUUUCCAUGUUUCUUGUAUUGAUACUUGGUUAAGUUCUCAUAUUAAUUGUCCCAUGUGUCGUGCCUAUAUAGUCUCUGAAACUGGUGCUUCUCCUUUGGUUACCGUGGACCAAAAUUCGGGUGACUCUAAUUUAAUUGAGUCUACACAUGCUGAGAGUUCAGAAAUUGAUUGUGAGUUGGGGGAGAAUCGGGAGAGAAACGGUGAGGGUGUUCGUGAAAACAGGACAGGAACAGAGGAGGAUGAGAUACUGCACCUUGGUGCUGAAGGAGUAUUGAAGGAUGGUGAGAAUUUUAAUGGGAAUGGUGUUUUAGAAGCAGUUGAUAAUUCAGGAGGCGAUAUUAAGGUUGUGAAGAAUGAUGUACAAGCAUUUAGGAGGUCUGUUUCAUUGGAUUCUUCAUUGGCUGAGAUCAUAUGUCUUGGUUUGUCUGAUUUCUGCCCAGCUGAAUCAGGAGAUUGUUCGUUUGAUCAAACAAACGAUGCUGAGAAAUCUUAUUCAGCUAUUGUUUUGAAGCAAGAUGGUGCGUAUUCAAACAUGUCUAGACUGACGGGUAGUUCUUCAAUUGGGCAAUGUCUGCAUAAAGGCCCCGUGUCUAUGAAGAGAUCUUUCUCUUGUAGCGGAAGGUUUCUGUCAUCUAGACGAAAUAGGAACUUGAAUGCAAUUCUUCCCUUGUGA